CAGUCUGUGUGUAGCUGUCGUGGUGAUAGGAGCAGUGCUCACUUACUGGAUUACCUGCAGCACAGUCUUUUGGAGUCUAGCUUAGCCAUGGCUUCUUCUGACAUUCAGGUUAAAGAACUAGAAAAACGUGCUUCUGGGCAGGCAUUUGAGUUGAUACUUGGUCCUCCUUCAAAAGAAGCUGUUCCAGAGUUUCCUCUUUCUCCUCCAAAGAAAAAGGAUCUCUCACUGGAAGAAAUUCAAAGGAAGCUAGAAGCUGCAGAAGAAAGGCGUAAGUCCCAUGAAGCUGAGGUGUUGAAGCAACUAGCUGAGAAACGAGAGCAUGAAAAAGAGGUGCUGCAGAAGGCAAUUGAAGAGAAUAACAACUUCAGCAAAAUGGCAGAGGAAAAGUUGACCAGCAAAAUGGAAGCUAACAAAGAGAACAGAGAAGCUCAAAUGGCCGCUAAACUGGAGCGCUUGAGAGAGAAAGAGAAGCAUAUUGAAGAAGUACGGAAGAACAAAGAAGGAGGCAAAGAACCUGGUGAGAAUGAAAGCGACUGACUUCAUCCUGGAAACUGACUUUCUCCCCUUUGUCUAAAUAUCCAAAGACUGUAUUGGCCAGUGUUUUUUGUUAAGUUUCUAGAAAACUGAUGUAGAGCUGUAUAGUUAGAUCCAACUGUACACUUGCUUUGGGGAACUAGAGGGGAGCCCUUUCAUGUUCACUCUUUUUCUAAACUGUUGUCUUUCCAGUGUAGCUAUCUUGUUGCAUUUCUUCUAUUCCAGUGCAUUUGUUCCUGGAUUGAUGGCUAGUGCUGUAUUCAGCUCUGACAUAUUUGUGAACGGAAUAUGUAGUGUAAUGUUCAUGCUGAAUCUGUUACACUUCAGAAUUUGUCAGUCUUUAAGAUAUUACUGUAACUGAGUGACUUAAUAAAGCUGCACAGUGCUGUUAUCACAGGUGACUGUUUUUAAGACUAGCAUGACUAAAUAUGCAACUCAAGCAUAGCUAUGGCUAGAACAUUUUGAUGCAAUAUUAGAAUAGGAAAAAAACGCCAAUAUUCCUAUAUCCAGUGGCUAGUGAUAGUUCACAGUGGCCGUUUCUCCUAGCAUUGUUGCCUGUUGUCUCAAUUUUACAAUAAGACCUUUGUCUUGCACCUCAGCAGUUGUCAGCUGCUGCUUUGUUCAGACAAUUCAGAACCACCUCCCUCCUUAGAUAUGCUUGUGAAGCCAACAAAUAACUCCUUGUUAACAUGUGACUGUAAUCCGACUUUGAAAGCAUUUGCUGAUUUUUUAUUAUUAUUUUGAAGUCUUAUUUAGAAUUUAGGGAGUAUCCACAGAACUGUAAGCUCCCAAGUCAUUGUUGCUGGACAUCCUGCUCUAGUUUCGAGUAUAGUAGUAAAUACAAGUUGGGAUGAAAAACAGGCUUAGGUAGUCCAGGAUAUUUAACCUUCAUCAUUGGAACAUACUGGUUUUCUAUUUUAAAGAAAUCCUGCAAGUUAGAUUUAUUUGCAACAGGAGUAGAAGCAGACUUCCUCUAUUGGAAGCUUAGGAUUUUGGCCUUAGUUUAAUAUAUAUCAUAUAAUACUUAUUCCAGUUGCUUGCUGUAUGUGCAGAUUGAUGACAAGACAAAAGUCUUUGUUGAUUUAUAUCAUCCACUUAAUUUGUGCUUUAAAAAAACCCUUAAUGGUAUAGAAUGGAUUUGCCAGUUAAACAGCUCCCUCAUGUGGCAAAAUAUUGACAGCUUCAGCAUCCACAAUGGUAUAUCCUAUAUAUUGCUGGAAGUGGAAGUAGGAGUUUAAGAUAAAGUAAUAUUUAAUUUUCAUCAAAUAAACCUGUGUGGUGAACACUUAACCGAUCACAACAUUAUUCAAAAAUUAAUCUUAAUUCUUUUAAGGAACAUACAGUUUUUCCUCAACUGCAGUACAGAGAAUGGGCCUACCUGUUCAUAGCCCAUCUACCUAACUUGGUAGGAGGGACUCUUUAUUACUGAGCACCCCCACUCCACCCCCUCUGAAGCUCUUGGAAUGUUUCUUAUUAAAGUAGUAUGGCUGAUGUCUGGUUCUUCAUGCUGUAUUUUUAAUAGUAUAAAUGUGAAACUGCUUCCUGUGCAUGUCUGUGUCCAGAUGUGUGUACUUGAUCUACUUGCUCAUUUCAUCAACAUAUAAAAUUUAUAACUACUCAUCUCUGUAACUUAGAUUUAGUCAGCCAUCAAUAAAUAGACUUAACUAAA